AUGGCUCUUCUAGAUUGCGUGGCAUUGUGUUUCCCGUGUGUGUUUAAUAGCACGCCGGUGCUGAAAAUCAACCAAACCGCGUUCAAGAUCCUCAACUUGCUGGGCGAGGGAGGCUUUUCAUACGUUUAUCUGGUGCAAUCCAAUAACAACCGAAAUUUGUACGCUUUGAAGAAAAUCAGGUGUCCCUUUGGAAACUCCAACUUUAAAGCCGCCAUGAAAGAGGUGGAUAACUACAAAGAGUUUCGCUCGCCGUUCAUCAUCAAGUCGAUCGAUUCGUCUGUGGUUCAGGAACCUGAUGGAUCCAAAACUCUAUACAUUCUUCUUCCUUAUUUCGAUACGGGAUCUUUACAGGACAUCAUUAACCAGAACAGUGUGAAUAAUUCCCGCAUGGACGAGUCCGAGGCGCUAAGACUGUUCAUUGGCGUUUGUCGCGGAGUGCAAUCGAUGCAUCGACAUCAGGUUUCCAAGAAUUAUAGCAUGGUUUCUGUGAUGGAGCCAAAUUCAACGGUGGAUGAUGACGAAAACAAUCCGUUCCUCAGUAAUAUGGACGAAUCGUCCAGAGACGACACAGAAUUACAGGAAACCACCAGUUUUGCUCACAGAGACAUCAAGCCAGCCAACAUCAUGCUGGCCAAAGAUGGAACUCCUGUUCUGUGUGAUUUAGGAUCCUGCGAAAAGGCCCGUGUCAGUAUCAAAUCCCGUGCACAGGCAAUUACGGUACAAGAGUUGAGCAACGAACAUUGCACGCUGCCUUACAGAGCUCCCGAGUUGCUGGACAUCAAGGUGGGCGACGAGAUCGACGAGAAAAUCGAUAUCUGGUCGUUGGGCUGUACGUUGUACGCCCUGCUAUACGGCUAUUCUCCAUUUGAAAGAGAAGAGCUGGUGAACGGAGCCAACAUCACUCUGGCCAUCAGUUCGGGAAAUUACAGCUUCCCAUCAUCUCCAGACUACUCUGAAGCCUUGAAGGACCUGAUCAAGUACUGUUUGGUGCUGGACCCGCACGAAAGACCAUCUAUCGAGGACGUUCUUACAAAAGCGUUGCAGACACAGAGAGAUAUAUAG